AAGUCUAAAUAAACAAUCCCCAACUAAACAGGAUACCGAGACUAACAAAAUACAAUAGCACUCAAAGUACCUACAGUCAUAAGAUACCAUGUCCCCUCAUAAAGUGAAUGAGAAUUUAUCGAUCUUAGCAUGCUUCGUAUGUCGAGUGGGUUUAUAAAUAAGUAUUAAUAAAUAAAUUUAUGUUUCCAUCUCUCAGGUACUUUUCUGCAUAGUGUAUUUGAAAUCAGUUUUUCAAACAAAUACGAAUUUCAGCAAAAUUGAAAAAGGCUUACUGGGGCUAAGUAAACUCUUCCUUCGUAAACGUAUGUCAAGUUUCCAUUCGUUCUUUUUGACAAGCUUGUUCGUAAAGUCAAAAUAAAAGAACACUGUUAUAUAUUCGUUUGUUUUUAUUAUCGAUCGAGAUGAAGUGUUUUGUUUUACAAUAUUUAUUGUGUUAAGUUGAGAUAAGCGUUCGCUCUUAGAGUACUCUAAACGUUAACCUCGUUAGCAUUAAAUCUUAUAGUAGUCUAAUAUCUCGUAGACUUAAAAACAUCGUGGUUGACUUAAAACCACAUGUCACAAAACAUGAAUACUGAAGGAAAUCUUACUCCAUCUGAAACGAACAAAGUAAUCCCUGAAAUCGUUACAAAUGCUAAACAUUCUAUAAUACCAGAAACAAUGAAGUUUGAAGACCUAAAAAUCUCUCACUGGGACGAAAAUGAUGAAAUAGACAUGAAGCUUGAAAAAGACAGAGUUGAGAAUUUUGAAGAUUAUGUUCCCUCACGUGAAAUAAUUUCUAGAGACCAACAUAGCGAUGAAAUUCCAGAAUUUGAUGGAAAUAAAGCUGACUAUCCUUUUCCACCAGUUCUGUCCAGAAAAAAGAAAAAAAGGAGACAGGAUGAUGAUGCUUGUUCCUUAUUUGUCCUGCAAUCAGACUCUGAUGAUGCAUCAGACCAACCUUCUUAUGACUCUGAAGACACAUGUGAUAAUUUUGUAGAGUGUGGCGAGAAGGGUAUGUGCAAAUGCCGAAGAAUGCAGGGAAGACAAUACUAUGAUUACUUCUUAGAGACACAAGAACAGGAAAUCCAUUCUAUGUAUCCAAGAGGCAGGGCUGUGUUGCCCGUGGGAGCUGUAUUACAUUUCACUGUAAAUAUUGAUGCGCCUGCGUUGUGGAGGGAGAAUAUAAAAAACGAGUUUUUAUGUUUAGGUGCAAAAGUAGAAUUUGUGGACUAUCAAAAAGGUCAUAAAGAAGGAUGGGUGCGCCUCAGCUUUCCCCAUGAAGCCAGAAUUAUCAUCAGGAGGAUGAAAAAUAAGAAACUUAUUAUAGCCAAUGCCGAAUUAACCUUCAGAGUUAUAUCAGGAAAAGAAGAAAAGAGAUACUUAGAAAACGUAAUAGAAGAAAUGUUUCGAAUACAUAAAAAGGCACAGAGUAGAAAACUGAAAAAUCAGUUGCACAAAGCUGGUUUCCAAUAUUUUAAUACAUAUUACAAUCUUGAAAAUAAAAAGAAAAAACCGAGAACAAAACCAAAAGGAAGUCCAAGUUCAGAUGGUUAUAACGGCACACCAAAGUUACAAUAUAAAGAAGGAAAGAAAGAACAGCCCCAAGCCCCACAAUGCGAGGAAGAGAAAAACCAAUCUUCAACCUCACAAUGCAUAGGAGGCGAAGGGCAGUCUGAUAAAUCACAAUGCGAAGGAAAGAAAGAUCCAUGUAAAACCUCAAAACGCAAACGAAAGAAAGGAAAAUCUUGUAAAACCUCACAAAGCCAAGGAGAGAUAGGACAGACCCAAAACUCACAAUGCAAAGAAGAGGAAGGACAGACCCAAAACUCACAAUGCAAAGGAGAGAUAGGACAGACUGAAACCUCGCUUUGCAAAAGAGAGAAAGGCCUGUCUAAAUCCUCACAAAGAAAAGGCAAGAAAAAAAGACAGCCUUGUAAAACCUUAAAAUGUGAAGGAGACAUAGGACAGGCCCAAACCUUACCUUGCCAAGAAAAGAAAGAGUCUGAAACCCCGCGAUGUGAAGGAGAGAAAGAACAGUCUAAUAACUCGCAAUGUGAAGGAGAGAUAGGACAGACUGAAACCUCGCUUUGCAAAAGAGAGAAAGGCCAGUCUAAAACCUCAGAAAGGGAAGGCAAGAAAAAAAGACAGCUUUGUAAAACCUUAGAAUGUGAAGGAGAGAAAGAACCGUCUAAUAACUCACAAUGCAAAGGAGACAUAGGACAGCCCCAAACCUCACUUACCCAAGAAGAGAAAGAGUCUGAAACCCCACAAAGUGAAGGAGAGAAAGAACCGUCUAAUAACUUACAAUGUGAAGGAGAGAUAGGACAGCCCCAACCCUCAACUUGCCAAGAAGAGAAGGAGUCUGAAACCCCACAAUUUGCAGGAGAGAAAGAACCGUCUAAUAACUCACAAUGCAGAGGAGAUAUAGGACAGCCCCAAACCUCACCUAGUCAAGAAGAGAAAGAGUCUGAAACCCCACAAUGUGAAGGAGAGAAAGAACCAUCUAAUAACUCACAAUGUGAAGGAGAGAAAGAGUCUGAAACUCCACAAUGUGAAGGAGAGAAAGAACUGUCUAAUAACUCACAAUGCAAAGGAGAGAUAGGGCGGCCCCAACCCUCAGCUUGCCAAGAAGAGAAAGAGUUAGAAACCCCACAAUAUGAAGGAGAGAAGGAAUGUAAUACAUCACAAUGCAAAGGAGAGGCAGGACAGCCCCAACCCUCACCUUGCCAAGAAGAAAUUGAGUCUGAAACACUGCAAUGCAUAGGAGAGGAAAGACAGACUGAAACCUCAAAAAGCAAAGGAGAGAAAGACCCAUCUACAACUUCACAAUGCAAAAGAGAGACUGACCAGUCUGAAAACUUUGAAUCACCAUAGUUGUAAUAAUUAAAAUAUUUACUUACUCAGCAAUAUAAAUGAACAUUUACUACUUACGUA